AUGCACACCCUCCAAAGGGGGCGCCUUCUUAAUAACGCUUUUUCUCAUCUCAAACUCAAUCUGCACCGUUGGUUUGGGCUGCAGUCUACCUUCCUUCCCAAAACUCCAGAUCAGAUUUUCUUUUGUCUUUCUCGAUCGACAUUCUUAUCUUAUUAUUAUUUAUUUGAUUAUUUAGAACCAAAUCUCUAUGUCCCCUUCAUAACCUGUAAAGUCAAUUAGAAUCUGAAGUUUCGAGAUGACAAUCAUUAUCCCAUUAAUGGAUUCACCUCAGUUCCAAUCACAUUGUACAAUUUUAUUUUAACCAAUUCUUGUCUUACAUUGUUAUUAUUUGGUCUGUUGUUUCAAGAAAUUGGAGUUAAAUAGAAGAAUUUCCUUUCAAUUUUAAUGAUCCAUAUUGUACAAUUCUGAAGUUUAGGGUUUGGGGUCUGAGAGGAGGAGUAGAAAGAAGUUUUCGUUUACGGGUUGUUUGAUUCGAUCCAUUGGUGAAAAAAAAAAUUGAUGGGAAUUUCAAUUUUCUCCACCAUCUGCGUCCUUCAUUCAUUGAUUUCAUUAACCUCCGGAUCACUGAUAAUGUUUUACCUUAACGAGUUCUCAGUGUUCGGCCACGGUGCCGAAACGGCUCGGAAGCUUUCGGGUUCAACCCCACAUGACCAAUUGUUGAUCCAAACGUCUAAUUCUUUUGCAGGGCUGCUUCUUUUUGUUAUUGGUUUUUUGUUGUUUAUGGUGGCUUUUGUCAAAGACAGGGAGUUUCAGAGCUUCUUCGCUAAAGGGUGCAUGCUUCUUCAUGUUUCAAUGGCGGUUUGGAGGGUUUGCUUUGAGAGGAGGCUCGAGGUGUUGGCUUGGGACUGGCCUAAGCAGGUCAUUGGGGAUUUUGCUCUAGCUCUUUCAUGGGCUUUCUUUUUGGUUUAUUCUUGGAGGGAGAAGUAUGACUAAACUGAACAUAUAUGGAGUUUUUGAAUUGAAGAAGUUGGGAAUUCAAGGCCAUUGAUAUGCUGAAAUUUGAAUGUAGUUACUCUGCUGAAUUCCCCACGAAUUGUAUCCAAAAGUGUGGGCUUUUCUGGUUGCAGAUUCAGGUUUUGCUACUGUGAGCAUAUGCAAAUUAUGAGAAUUGGGAGGGACCAAACAGUUCAGCUCAAACUCGUUCAAAUAUAGGAACUUUAAUUUGUUCUAAUAAAUUUCAGAAUCCUUACCUUUUGGGGAUUUUGCAUCUUCUCAUGAAAUAUUUGCUAUCUGGUAAUAAAUGAUGUUUUGUUUGUGUGCA